AUGUCUGCCAUUCUUCAACCCUCCAAGGAAUCUAUCAUGAAGUUCAUUGUAAAACAUAAACAGAACACAGCAGUAUGUUUAUUUGAUUUGAAGCAGGAAUUUGGAGAUACAUGCGUGCAGUCGCUUGAAAAUCUAGUAGGAGAAACUAUUUUAACAGAACGGAAGAGAAGAGUAGGAUCAAUUAAUACGUGUGAUAGCUUUGGUAAAAGCUCUGAGGAUACUUUAACUAUAUAUUAUCUCGGCGAGAAAGCAAACAAUUACGUUCAUUAUGGUCAUGUUAUCGGUAAUUCCUGUACUGAGCAUAAAGGCGUUAAGCGCAAAUCGCUGCCAGAAUCCGAUAUCACAUCCAUAGAAUCCGAUCCGAAAGCGCUGACUGAGAAGUUGAACUCUAAACGCUUCAAUCAACAUACGAGACUAAACCGAUUUAUGCAAAGACAGACUUUAUUGCAGUCACAGAUAAAAUCUCUCGAGGAACGACUAAACGCGUUGAAAGCAGACGAGACAGAAAUCAUGAAACAAUUCGAAGAAACCGAUAUCCAAAAGAUUCUCGAUGCUCAUUAUAAACGAAUACAUGAAUAUAAUGAAAUAAAAGAUGUUGGACAAAUGCUGUUUGGAAAGUGUGCAGAAAUCGAGGGAACAACAACCAGAGAAAUGUAUGAGAAAUUUGGCGUAGGUAUCGAAGAUUGA